UGAUUUUUUUAUCAUCAAACAUUAUACAGAUAUCAUGUCAUGACAAACUGCCCCAGUACUCAUGUGACGAAUGUCUUGGUGCGCUUGACAUCGCGUACGCUUGCUGGAAACGUUGCCGUCAAUCGUGGGGAAAUUUCAUAAGAGAGCCUUCGAUCUCAUCGGAAGGCGAAGACUACCGCUGUCGAAUUUGCCUUGAAAGUGAAGUCGAAGAAUUGAUUUCGCUUUUCUAUGUAUGCGACAAACAAUCAAUGAUCAUCAGCGAAAUUUUGAAACGCUUUGCUGGGCUUGACGUGUCGGAAAAGGACGACUUUCCGCAGUAUAUUUGCGACGUUUGUUUGGAUCAGCUGAAUACUGGGUUCAGUUUCAGACUAUUGGUUCGCCGGUCCUACGAAACCUUGCGUGAUCAACAAAAGGAUGUCGAAGACGACAGCAGCACAAUAACAGAGUACGAGAAAUAUCUAACUCCUAACGACUUGGCAAAUCAAGCUGAAACGGAAAUCACAGUUUUCAGUAAUGUUUCUACAGAAAAUCAGGACCCUCUAAUGCUUGAGGAAUUUGUUAGUUCCGCAGAGCCAACUCAUCAACCUGUUUCGAAUCCCUCAAGCACUUCGAUAAACAAAACUCUACAGCAAACUUCAAAAUCUGAUCGUCCAAGAACUGCAAUGAUAAAUACUUCGCUGAAAUCGAACAACUCGCUCAUCGUUGGUCAGAACAGUCUAAAGAAGGCGUACUUCUCCAGUCCGGAUGAAUUUAAAAAACUUGCAGAACAGAUGUUGAACAAAUCUACAUCAAUGAUUAUUCCGAAACAGUUAGCAACGAUCGCUACCAAAACAUCAGCUACAAUGCAAACAGAUGAAUCUGUGACUGUGGAGCAGCGAGCAACGGCUACUACACCAAAUCAGGCUCCAAAUUCCGUUUAUGUGACCAAGUCAUUCAAAAGACAACGAACGUCACAAUCAUGUAUUGCAGAUGAUGUUCAGUCUGUAUCCAUCACAAGUCUAGUUCCUAAAUGCUAUCUUAUCGUAUCCAGUCGAACUCGUACAAAUGCACAAUCGUUAGUCGGGCUAGAGGACUCCUCUGAAGACUACGAAAUGGAAAAUCCCACAUUUUCAUGGGCGCGGAUCAAGAAAUUCAAUUGCAAACUGUGUGAUUGCGAGUAUCUGGCUUCAGAGCUAAAAGACACAUGUACCAUUUGUAAUCUGCCGUUCGAUAAUUUCCUACCGAACAAUUUGCAAAACCAUAACAACCAGCAAGAGUAUGUAGAAGCAUACUGCUGCAGUAAAUGUACGUUCUUUUCCAUUAGUCUUUUGUUAUUCACAAAGCACUUGGAAACUCACAAGAAUAGUUCUACCGAAGAGCUUGAUAAACCGAUAUUGACCGAUGUAACCGAGUGUGAUAAAACGAUAUUAGAAUUGCUACGGAAAUGCAGUCAACGGACAGGCCCUAAAAAGGCUAUUAAAAGGCGAUUACAAGUCGAAUCGGCUGCCCCAGAAGCUCAAACGAUAACUUCAGGCAUACCGCCUGAAGUGGUCGAACAACUGCGGCCAACACCCAAAAGAGGCCGACCGCCAAAAGCCAUUUCCACGGUUACCAUCAGCGAUGAAGUGGUCGAACAACUGCGGCCAACACCCAAAAGAGGCCGACCGCCAAAAGCCAUUUCCACGAUUACCGUCAGCGAUGAAGUGGUCGGACAACUGCGGCCAACGCUCAAAAGAGGCCGACCGCCAAAAACCAUUUCCACGAUUACCGUCAGCGAUAAAGUGGUUGAACAACUGCGUCCAACACCCAAAAGAGGCCGACCGCCAAAACCCAUUUCCACGAUUACGAUCAGCGAUGAUAGUGAUGACGAAACAGUGUCACUAUAUGAAGUGAUGGAUGAUGACAAUCAUGUUCCAGAGCUGGAGACCGUCGUCUCAGACGAAACAACAGACAUUCAGUAUAAGAUGGAAUCGCUCGAGUCGGAACUUGGCAUUUACUACAGAAAUUCUUCCGACGAAGAGUUCACAGGAUUCGAUGUAGGACCGGAUGCAACCCGGCAGGAUGUUAGAAUAUCUUACAUCGAUACAACACUUUUCGACGUCCUGCACGAAUCACGUGAUUAUCUUGUCCUGUAUCUCAAGGGAGCGCUUUGUUGCGGCUGCUUGCAACUAUUCGAAACGCGCAGAAAGCUUCGCAUCCAUCGAUCGAAAGAACACCCAAGGGGUCAGCACAGUGCCAUACCUGAUAUGUGCGACGUUUGCAGUACGGUGCCAAGUAAUGCUACACGCCAUCACAUGCUCAGUUUGAAACCGAUUUUCUAUUUCUGCAAACUUUGCCGAAGACUGUUGAUUGACGUGGAAGACUUCGAAAGCCAUCGGAAAAUCGAGCAUGCCCUAAAGCGGCCUCGAAUGGAUGUAGCUCCAAUGGAUCUGCUUGUUCGGAAACAAGACUCUGAGUCGCUUUUGAGGAUCAUUGAAAAUCCCACCCACUGUGCAAACCCGUUCAAAUCGAUCGAGAACAAAGCUAUUUUUCAGCUAGUGAAAGAAACCGACGUGUAUAAACUCCUGUUCAUGCAGGGUUAUCUGUGCUGUGGAUGCCAACACUGGUUCAGUACGUACGAUGCGUUGCUAGCUCAUUGUGGCGAAAUGCAUGACAAUGGUUGUGAUUCGGAUGAGUAUGGGUGCGAUCUUUGCAAAGCCGACUGUAAAUCGCAAAGUCGACUGCUGCGUCAUCAGUUGCAACGUUCCAGAAAGCUGCACUACUACUGUAAGUUGUGUCACAGCGUUUUGCUGCAUCAUGCCGAUGACUAUGAAGCUCAUCGAGCUGUUGCUCACAACUAUCAGUUGAGACCUACGAAUGUUAGUGAGAAUAACACUGUAGGAAUGUUAGUUUGUAAGGAACUGUGAGAAUGCGUUAUUUAAUGCAGAUUUCAAUCUCCGGUGCACAUUUUAAUGGUUGGAACAAAAAAUAAAUAAAUAGAUCGGUCUCGUAAUAUU